CGUUAAAGCUGUUGCCCAUGCGCAUGCGUAGCUUUUUUGGACUAGUUAAAAUGGCGGCUCCCGUGGAUCUUGAGCUGAAAAAGGCAUUUUCUGAACUUCAAGCCAAGGUCAUUGAAACCCAACAAAAGGUGAAACUGGCAGAUAUACAGAUAGAUCAGCUGAACAGAACAAAGAAGCAUGCACAUCUUACAGAUACAGAGAUCAUGACUUUGGCUGAAGAAACAAGGAUGUAUGAAGGUAUAGGACGAAUGUUUAUUCUUCAUCCAAAAGAAGUAAUUCACAACCAGCUCUUAGAAAAACAAAAAAUAGCAGAAGACAAAAUUAAGGAACUGGAGCAGAGGAAGUCAUAUCUGGAACGGAGUGUAAAAGAAGCUGAAGAUAAUAUCCGGGAGAUGCUUAUGGCUAGAAGAGCACAAUAAGUUCCUUACAUUUGGACUGAAUAGCUGAAAGCAGAGAUUUUGAACCCUUAUUGUUAUACAUCUUUGAAUGUUAAAGAUAUGAAGAGCUUGGUUUGUGCAGCUAGCUACAUCAUGUCAACCCAACCUUGUAUUUUGAUGCACUAAUAAAUUACUUAAUUUAUAUACCAUG